AUGGCAGAGGACAAAGCAGACCAAGUUCCACCACCUGAACAGGAGAAGCAAUGCCGUAUCUGCUUCGAGGGUGAAGACGAGUCAUUGGGAAGGCUCAUUCGUCCUUGUCUGUGUAGGGGUUCCAUCAGUUAUGUCCAUGUAGCUUGCCUGAAGAGGUGGAGGAACAUUUCUUUCACCAACAACUCUUUCUAUCGCUGUCCACAGUGUCAUUACCGCUACCACUUCGCUCGGACCGGAGCAGUUGGGUUGGCGACCAAUCCGAUCGUAGUUGGCAUCAUAUCUUCCUUUUUGUUCACCAUACUUGUCAUGUGUUCGUCCUAUGCUACAACGUAUUUCAUGAAUUCCUUCGAGGAUCGUUCAUCCUUUGGAUCCUCUUACUACUUCUUCAUUUCACCGAUUGACGUUGGCCAUGACCUCAUCCGUGCAGCAUUACGAAUACUUCGAGACCAAGACGCUUUCCCUCUAGAGGAUAAUGUUCCAAGGACAAGACUAACGAGGGCUAAUCCUGCCCCGCUGCCAUCCUCACCAUCAUUCUUGAUGCGGUUUGUGCGCAGGUUCAUUAUUGGCCUCCCUAUGAUAGGUGCUGGGUCUGUAGUUCACAUGCUGCUAUCCCUGCCUCUCCUUGGACCAGUCCAUUGGAUAGCUCGCUUUAGAGGGAACAGAAGUCGGAGGGGUAAUUCAACAGACAUAGCUGCUAUGAUCAUCGUGGCUUUACUACUUGUUGGGGUUGCAAGGGCGUUAUACGAGGCGUACAAGUUGACACGAAAGCUCAGCGAACGUAUACUUCUGUACGCGGAAGAUGUCAUUCUCGAAGUCAAUUGA